UAUGGUGCCCUCUUGGCCGGGGCCACUGGAGCCGCCCCGGGAGCUGGGCGUCUGGGGCGCCGCGGCUCGAGAGCCCGAGAGGGCAGGCGGGGUGGGGCGCUUCGGGGAGACGCGCGCCUCGGCGGAAGCUCGGUCAAGUUUAGGGGAGGAGGCAGCUGCCGCGCUCGACUGUGGGGACUCGGGUGCGCUGCAGGAAGCGAGGGGCGGCGGCGGCCGCGCCCAGGCGGACUCAGCGGCGGCGGCGCCGGGGGCGAGAUGCGGUGAAGGCCGGCCAGGAUCUCCGGAGGAGAUGAGCGCCUCUGCAGCCACCGGAGUCUUCGUGCUGUCCCUCUCCGCUAUCCCUGCCACUUACGUCUUCAACCACCUGGCAGCUCAUCGCAAUUCCUGGGCAAUUGUAGCUGCUGGAGUACUGGUUCUACUCAUUGUAGCUCUGUUGGCUCGUGCUCUUGUGAAGAGAAAACCACCUAGAGAUCCCUUGUUUUAUGUUUAUGCAGUAUUUGCUUUUACCAGUGUAGUGAACCUUAUUAUAGGACUUGAACAAGAUGGCAUAAUUGAUGGAUUCAUGACAUAUUACUUGAAAGAGGGUGAACCAUAUCUGAAUACUGCCUAUGGGCAUAUAAUCUGUUAUUGGGAUGGUUCUGCUCAUUAUAUGAUGUAUCUUGUUAUGGUGGCAGCAAUAGCAUGGGAGGAAAAUUACAGAUCGAUUGGCUUGUACUGGGUUGGCUCUAUUAUUAUGAGUGUUGUUGUCUUUCUUCCUGGAAACAUUGUGGGAAAGUAUGGAACAAGAAUUUGUCCUGCCAUUUUCUUAAGCCUGCCAUAUAUUUGUCUUCCCAUAUGGGCUGGUUUCAGGAUCUAUAGACAACCAGCAGAAACAUACAGCUACCCUUCAAAGGUCCUUCAAGAAGCCCAGAAGAAGGGACUGCUAAGAAGACCAUUUGAUUUGAUCUUUGUUAUGUAUCUCAUCUUAGCAACAGGAUUUUGCAUAUUUAGAGGUUUGAUUGCUUUGGAUUGCCCUGCUGAGCUCUGCCGACUAUACAUACAGUUUCAAGAACCCUACCUAAGAGAUCCUGCUGCUUAUCCCAAACUUCAGAUGCUGGCUUAUAUGUUUUAUUCAGUUCCAUUUUUUGUGAUGGCACUCUACGGCCUUAUAGUUCCUGGAUGUUCUUGGAUGCCUGACAUAACACUCAUUCAUGCUGGAGGACUAGCUCAGGGUCCUUCUCUGUGCCCAUCUUCACAAUGAAGUCAGUAGGUGUCAAGGUAAGUAGGCUUACUUUAAAGAUCUUAUUUAAUUCUUCACAGAAUUUUUUUUAUUUCAUCCUUUGCAAAUGAUGCUGAUGAAUAAAGUAUAAUUAACUUCAUUGUAGUUUACAUAUGCUUACUUUGAUAAAUACAGGUAAUAUGACCAAGGAGCUCAUGAUAUAUUUGUUCUUGUCUAUGAAAACACAAUUCCAUCAAUUCUUUUUAUUUGUCCAUCCAAGAAGAUCCUUUGAGUCAACUUUCCUUUUAAACUUCAUUUUUUACCUUUCUUGAAGCAAGAAAUCAAUAUGGUUAUGAGUAGGUCCUCUAACAGCAAAUAAAUCAACUGGUAGAUAAAGGUCUCACAUUUAAAGUAUGAACAGUUAAUGUUAAUCAAUUUGAAAACUGUGAUUUUUGGUACCAACUGUCCCUUCUCUGACUUCCCUAACACCAGUACUAUGAAGGGGGUCAUCCAGGACUGAGACCCAUAACCAAUGACCAUCUGGCAAACCUCCUAGAGAUGAAUUUUUCUGCACUUCACUAGGCUGUUUACAUCUAGUCUGCAACUGGAACCACACUCAGCAUCAAACCUAACAGAGCUUCUCCUCUUAAUAUAACAACCUCUGAGAUUUCCAUGUCUCUAUCUCAAGCAUACCUCCCCAUCAUGAUUAGCCAGCAAAGUCAGCCUUUUGUAAAGGAAUGUUCCUGAAUUAUAAAGAAUUCCUAUUUAAUGGGUUUUUGCCAUGUUUUGUAUAGGAUCUAAUGUACCUAAAAUGGACUAUGCCAUUCCUCUGCUAAAGGUCAUUGGUUCCCAUUUUCCUAUAGGACAAAAUAUAGACUCCUAGGCUUGGCAUUUACACUCUGCCUCAAGUCUCAUUUUCGUUACUUAUUUCACAUUAUUCCCCUUUACGUAUUCUCGUUAACUGGUGAAACUGGUAAACUCAAAGUUCCUAGAACUCAACAUUCCAUCCGUCUCCCACCUCUGUGCCUAUAAAGAAUACCUUUGUAUAAGGUGCCUGAAAUGUACUUCCUUCUCAUAUCCACUUCACAAAACCAUUAGCUUCCUUCAAGGGUCAGCGUAGGUUCUAUGGGAAGUCUUCCCAAAGAAAGAAAAAAGCUAGUCUCUUUUCCAUAGUUCACAGUUUAAUGAAGGAGAUAACAUACAAACCACACUGGACAAACACACAUAACUCACUCUCUCUCUCUCUCUCUUUCUCUCUGUAUAUGUAUAUAUAAAUAUAAAAAUGAAUGAUUUCUCAAAUUCCUCUAGACUGGUUGUAGAGUUUCAUUUUAAAUUUUAAAUUGAUAUUCAUUAAUAAUAUUGGUUUAUGUUUUUUAUUUUGUCUUUUUUUCUGGUUUAGAUAUUAUUCACCUCAUGAAAGAGGAUUGAUAGAGUGCUUUCUUUAUCAAAUUUUAAAAAUAAUUUGUAAAAUAUUGAUAUAAAUUGCUCUUUAAAAUUUUUCCAGCAUUCCAGCAUUCUCCAUCACAAUUGGGAGUUUCCCUUCCCCCUUUCUUUUCAGUAGUUCCCUUAUUAUUAUUUCUAUUUCCUUUUCUGACACUGGAUAUUUAAUUAUCUGUGUGUGAUGCUUUAUUAAUUUGGGUAUUUUACAGAUUCAAAGGUAAUUCUCUAUUUCUUUUUUCUUAGUUUUAUUAGCAUAUGACUGCAUAAGUAAAUCCUUUCCAUCUAUUCUGGUUUUGUUGUAAUUUCAAGUUGUUUAUUUACUACAUUGUUGACUUAGUUUUCUGUCUUUUUUUUUAACCAGAUUAGCUAAAAGCUUAUUAAUUUUGUUAAUCUUUUCAAAGAAUCAGCCUUUAAGAUUUUGUUUUUUUAAAACAAUUCAUCUAGUGAGUUUUUAAAAAAAAUUCUAACAAAUCUUUUCUAUUUCAAUCUUUUCUCUUUUGUACUUUUUUGGUUUUAUUUACUAGUUGGAUUUCUACUUUUAUAGGUAAAUAUUAAUUUGCUGAUCCUCUCUUUUUCUGUUUUGUUUAUUUAUAGUUUGGAGGAUAUAGAUUUUUUAGGGAAGACUGCUUUAACUGUAUCUAUCUUAGAAAUUCUGGUAUGUUGUUUUGUCAUUAUCAUUGCCUUUUACAUAAUUAUUGUUUCUAUGACUUGUUCUUUGACUCACUUGCUGCUUAGGAUUUCAUUACUAAGCUCCCAUUCUGUAUAUUUUGCAUGUACUUCAGAAAGUAGUUACUAUAUUUACUUUGUUAGGGUCUAUAAAGGAUAUGUUCACUAUUUCUACUUUAUUACAUUUAUUUACGAUAUCCCUAUGCCCUAGUACAUGGUCAAUUAUUGUAAAAGUUAAGGGUAUUUUGGUACUUAAAAACUUAACUAUUAUGUUUUAUACUUAAAAAACUUAUUACUGUGAAUCUGUUACUAAAUAAACAUCUUUGCACUGUUUUUUUCAUAAUAUUAUAUGUUUAGAUUGUUAGAUAUAGUAUAAAGAGAAAAAUACUUUUCACUAUGUAAUAGUAGGCAUAUCAUUAUUCAUCUUUAGUUAGAUAGAUAAUGAUAUUGAUUUAUUUUAAAAUCAAAGGAAAUAUAUGAUAGUUUUAAUCAGCUUAUGUAAUGGGUUGCCUAACUGACAACAAAUGAGAAGCCAAAAUUAUGAUUUUCUUUCUCUCUAAACCUUCCUUUCUUUUUUGCUCGUUGAUUUUUUUUUUUAUCAAAUAAACUUCUAAAGGUUAUGGAGUAUAAUUAGGAUCUAGAUGGGUCAAAGUUGUAAUAUAAUUUAUCUCAGAGGGAUUGUAGAUAGAAGAAAUAUUUAUAGGAAAAGAAGUAAUGGCAAUCCCAUAAACAUCUAGUUAAUAAUAGUUUUUGGCAACUAGAAAAUCUACUUAUAUUUAAAGCAGAAGUACAAUGCACUUUAUCAUUUUGAUUUACAAGAUGGAUAAUUUACCAAAAAUUCUGUAAUGAUCUUUCUACAAUUUCUCAAAGACAGAAGCUAAUUGAGAAUUUUGUUAAAUUUAAUCUUUGAAUUAAAAUAGUUUCAGAUAGUCAGUUACAAAGAGUACUUAACUCAGAAAGUAAAAUUACUAAAUUUAUAUUCUAGUAUUCUAGUCAGAAUACCUAAAUUCAUAUUCUGGUUCAACCACUAAUGAGGCAAAACAAGCAAGUAUCCCCACUAGAAAAAUAGAGAUUUUCAAUAAUAAAUUUAGAGCUGGAAAGAAUACUAGAGGCCCUCUCAUCUUACUUUUUCCUUCUUAUUAUAUCUGGAUGCUAUGAAGACCACAAGCUAAGGUAGCAUAAGUGAAAAUUAAAUGUAAACAUUAAAGUAAUGCUCUCUAGAUCAGUAAACAUGUUUAACAUGGAAAAACCCAAGGUUCUUUAGGGUACUAUUUUACCUAUUUGUAAAAUUUAGGAAUUACAAAUGGAAUUUAAGAUAUUUUUUUAAGUAGGUCUCUCAAUAUAAUG